AUGAAGGUUAAUCCAUUAAGAGAAGAUGAAACUGAAUUUGCUUAUCCUCAAGAACAGAGAAGCACUAUAAAAGGGUUAAACAUUGAUGGAAAAGACCUCACUGGUGAUUUAAACUUAAAUGAUUUUAUUGACUUAAAAGAGUUAAAUUGUUCUUAUAAUAAUCUAACUCAACUAGAUUUAACCAAUUGUAACCAAUUAGAAAGACUCGACUGUAGUAAUAAUUAUUUGCAGGAGUUAAAACUUCCUUCCUCUGGUGAAAAAUUGAUUUAUUUAGAUAUUAGUGAUAAUAAAUUUUCAGGAAAAAAUUUAUCCAUGUUUAGUAAUUUACCUUUGCAAAAUCUAACCAAGUUGUGGCAUUUGAACGUUGGUAAUACUGAUAUCAAUGGUAGCUUAGAAUAUUUGCCUGAGAGUGUUAAAGAAUUUAGUUUAAAUAAUUCUCGAAAUAUUACCAUUGACUUUCUGCAAGAGGCUUUUAAGCAUUUAUUACUUAAUGAGAAUGAAAGUUAUAUUGUUCCUUGUUAUGGAAUAUCUCAAAACCUUGAAACCGGUGAUUACUUGCUGGUCAUGAAAUAUAUAAAAGGAGGCAAUUUACGACAGUAUUUGAGUAAAAACAAAUUAGCUUUUAAAGGUAGGCUUCGUCGAUUAAAUUAUAACACAGCUUUAGCAAUAAAUAUUUGCGGAGGACAAAGACCUAAAUUCCAAAUUGAAAUUCCUCCAUUAUUAAAAGACUUAAUUGAACAAUUAAUAGAAAAAGAAUAUAAUCAAGCAGUAGUUUCAAUUUCAGCAGUUGUUUCUGACCCUAGAAAACUUACUAGCAAACUCUUGCCAACCAAGGAAAUUACUCAAUUGCUACAAGAUUCUGGUUUAAUUGGUUUGCAAAUUCCUUCUACAAGUAUCUCUGCUAACCUUAAUCAACUCAAUCUUUCCGAAAAUCAAUCAACUGAACAACAGUCCCUCCAAAUCCAACCAGCUUAUGGCACCACAGGUGAAGCAGAAGUUUAUCAGAGUGCUGUCAGUCUCUUUGAGGUUACGGCUACCAUAAACUCAUCCCAAUUCCUUAAAGAAGGAUUUUUAGUUUCUUCUAAGGCUAGGGAGUGA